AUGGCAAGGGAUGUUUUAAGGACAAAUUCUUUCACAGAUUUAAAACUCAGGCUUAUUUCUGAUAGAUCCGAAGAUGGCCGUGUUUACAACAAACCUACUGUCUUAGAAGUGGCUGCACUCAUUGUGGGAGACAUUGAUUCUGCUGAUAAAAGGGACAUCUUAAUUCAGCGCCGCAAUGGUGGUUUGCAACGAAUAGAUGAGUUUCACCCAGCAUAUUUGGCUUAUCAGUAUCCUCUUAUAUUUCCUUAUGGGGAAGAUGGUUACAGGAAAAGUAUAAUGCACAGAUAUCGCCAUGAAACUGAGGUCACUAGGAGAAACCGUCAAAGCAUUAAGGAUUGGUUUUCUUACCGGUUACAACAACGUCGCAAAGAGGCAAAAACACUACUUUACUCAAGACGCCUAUUUCAACAAUUCUUAGUCGACGGCUAUGCUAUGAUGGAAUCCGAACGACUGAAUUGGUUGAGAGAUAAUCAAUCGAAAUUAAGAGUGGGCAAAUAUAAUAAUUUGGCCGCUCAAACUGAUGGCGAUACAAGAAAUGAACACCAAAAGCGAGGAAAACGAGUUGUUCUGCCAUCAACAUUUGUUGGUAGCAAGAGAUAUAUGGAUCAACUAUAUUUUGACGGUAUGGCCAUUUCAAGUCGAUUGGGAUUCCCUGAUUUAUUUGUUACUUUUACCUGCAACCCAAAUUGGCCUGAAAUUAAAAGAGCAUUGUCAGGCACAGGUCUACAACCCCAUGAUAGGCCAGAUAUCAUUUCAAAAGUUUUCAAAAUAAAGUUUGAUACCCUCAUGGAUGAUAUUACAAAACACCAUGUCGUUGGAAAAGUGAUUGCAUAUAUGUACACCAUUGAAUUCCAAAAGCGCGGAUUGCCACAUGCUCACAUCUUGAUAUUCCUACACCCUCAGAGCAAAUACCCAACACCAUCUGACAUAGACAAGAUCAUUUCUGCUGAAAUUCCCGACCCGACUGUUCAUCCCAAUUUAUACAAAUUGGUUAAGGCACAUAUGAUGCAUGGACCCUGUGGCCUUGCUCGCGUGACCUCACAAUGUAUGAAGAAUGGACGAUGUUCUAAAUACUAUCCCAAAAAGUUUAUUGAACACACUAUUGUUGAUGCAGAGGGAUAUCCGCUGUAUAGGAGAAGAUCAAAAACCUUCACUAUUGAAAAAAAUGGCUAUGACAGAAUAACAGCAGCAGUUUCAACAAAUAGCAAUCAACCUGUUGAUGAGAUCCAACAAUAUCUCGACUGCAGGUAUGUCUCACCCAGUGAAGCAUGCUGGCGCAUUUACUCUUACAAUAUUCAUGGCAGAAAACCAGCUGCGGAACGUAUGUUCUAUCAUUUGGUUGGGGAGAAACCUAUAUACUAUACAGAUUAUGCACGCAUGGAAAAUGUGCUGGAAACUGCAAGUGUGACUGAAUCAAUGUUUACUGCAUGGCUGGUAGCAAAUGCUAAAUAUGAAGAGGCACAAACAUUAACUUAUGGUCAAUUUGUCUCAAAGUUUGUUUACCACAAAAAAAAGAGAGAAUGGAAAUCGCGGAAAAAAGGCUUCACCAUUGGACGUCUCAUAUGGGUUCCGCCAACAACUGGUGAACUGUUUUACCUGCGCAUGAUGUUGACGGUGGCAAAAGGACCAACAACAUAUGAGGAAAUCAGGACCGUGGAUAACAUUCAGUAUGAUACAUUCAGAGAUGCAUGCUUUGCAAUGGGAUUUCUUGAAGACGACAAAGAAUACAUAGCUGCUAUAAAGGAGGCAAGUCAUUGGGGGACUGGUCAUUUUCUUCGAAAACUGUUUGUUAUCAUGCUUUUGUCUGGUGCUGUUAAUCGCCCUGCACAUGUUUGGGAACAAACUUGGCUCCUAUUAUCUGAUGGUGUCUUACAUACACAAAGAGCAUUGGCUGCUAAUCCAGAAUUGGUCCUCACACAAGAAGAGUUACAAAAUUUGACUUUAAUAGAAAUUGAGAAACUGCUUCAGGCAAAUAGAAGGACACUAAAGGAUUUUAGUCCUAUUCCAUAUCCGGAUACUUAUGUUCUUGAACAGUUGGGAAACAGGCUCAUAUAUGAUGAGCGUAAUUAUGAUACAGCAUCAAUGAACUCAGAAUUUGAAAAUCUGUUUGCUGCUCUUACAGAUGAGCAAAGAAGUAUUUAUGAAAAAAUCAUCCACGCUGUGGAGUCUCAAAAACCUGCGGUUUUCUUCCUUCAUGGUUAUGGUGGUACCGGAAAAACAUAUAUGUGGAGAACACUCGCAGCUGCUUUAAGAUCAAAACACGAUAUAUGUUUAACUGUUGCAACUAGCGGUAUAGCAUCAUUGUUACUUCCAGGAGGUAGAACUGCACGUUCAAAGUUCAGGAUACCGGUACCAACUAUGGACAAUUCUACUUGCAAGGUUGAAUUCAACGAUGAUGUUGCAGACAUGUUACGACAGACAAAGCUUAUAAUAUGGGAUGAGGCACCAAUGGCGCAUAAGUAUGCAAUAGAAUCGCUUGACAGAACUUUGAAAGAUGUUAUGAGUGCAGACAAAAAUUCAACUGAUGUAUUCGGUGGAAAGGUUGUUGUUUUCGGGGGCGAUUUCAGACAGAUUUUACCUGUCGUCCCCAGAGGCAGUCGUUCCGAUAUUGUAUACUGUGCCAUAAAUGCAUCUUACAUAUGGCAUUCAGUUGAGGUAUUAACAUUGACAAGAAACAUGCAGCUACGAACAGGAUCAACACAGACUGACAAAAAUGAGAUAGCACAGUUUUCAGAUUGGCUUUUAAGAAUAGGAGAGGGCCGAAUAUCUGAGCCUAAUGACGGCACCGCCGAAAUCAACAUACCACCUGAUAUUCUGAUAACAGAAUUCGAUGAUCCAAUUGUGGCCAUUGUCAAUACCACAUACCCUGAUUUCAUAAAUAAUUUCCAAUGUGUUGAUUACCUUAAAAGUCGAGCGAUACUUGCCUCUACACUGGAGAUUGUUGAUCAGAUCAAUGACCAUAUACUUAACUUGAUGCCAGUCAACAAUGCAGGAGAGAUUCGUGACUACUACAGCGCAAAUUCAGUUGACAAGUCUGAGAUUCAUGACCCAGCAGUAGUUGAUAUCCUCACGCCAGAAUUUCUAAGUUCCCUCCGAACAUCAGGAUUGCCAAACCAUCACUUAAAACUAAAGGUUGGAACACCUAUAAUGCUCAUGAGAAAUAUAGAUCAAGCUGAAGGUUUGUGUAACGGCACAAGGCUGUGUAUAACAAAGAUGGCAGCCCAUGUAUUGGAGGCUUCAAUAAUGGGUGGUAAAGGUUUGGGAAAUUUGGUUUACAUACCUCGAAUGGAUAUGUCACCAUCCCAAUCACCAUGGCCAUUCAAACUGAAUAGGAGACAGUUCCCUGUUAUAGUUUCCUAUUCUAUGACAAUUAACAAAUCACAGGGACAGUCAUUGGAUAACGUUGGUUUGUACUUACCGAAAGAUGUAUUCACACAUGGCCAGAUUUAUGUCGCAUUGUCAAGAGUAACAACAAAAAAGGGAAUCAAAAUACUGAUACAUGAUGAAGAAAAGAAAUUCAGGGAGAAAACUACAAAUGUUGUGUAUAAGGAAGUUUUUAACAAUGUCUAA